CUUCGUCCAGCGAUGAGGACGACAAGCAUCAACGCCGGAGCUGUGCAUAGCGUAUACAUUAUGGCGUCCUUGUCGGGGGAGAGGUGAAGGCGCAAGUGGAUAAGAAAGCUAUAAUAAAAUAGGUGACAACUCAUCGAUGCCACGGCCAACCUAGUCGCUUUUCUCAACUUUUCCUCCGACGACCACGACCUGUCUGUCGCCAUCUCUCCUGCAAACCCUCGUGCCCUACAUAUCGACGAUAAAAAAUGAGUGACCUAACUACUGAGACGUUCAAACCCCUUCUGGCUCUCCUCGUUGAGACACCUGAAUAUUUCACCACGCCAGACUUGACGCUCGCGCUCGAACACCUCUUCACACCCUCAUGCGUGCAUCCCGUACAGAUUGGUGCAUUCCUCGCUGCACUACACCUAUCACGUAUCGAGCGCCGUCCGGAGAUGCUCGCUGCUGCUGCGGCAGCAUUGAGGGCACGAGCUUUGAAAGCUGAUAUCGAAGGGCGGGAAGAAGAUUUUGUCGUCGAUAUCGUUGGUACUGGUGGGGACGGACAUAAUACAUUUAAUGUGAGCACGACAGCUGCGGUCGUUGCCGCUGGUGCUGGAGCGCGUGUUUGUAAGCACGGAAGUCGAGCAUCGACGUCCAGUUCCGGGUCUGCCGACCUCCUUCAAUCUCUCGGCUGUCUCUUCAUACCUCCAACAGCGAGCACACCCAUGCACAUCCGCCGCAUACCUUUCACGUUCAUCCUCGCACCGCAUUACCACCCCUCCCUCGCAAUGAUCGCACCCUACCGUAAAGCACUCCCCUUCCGAACGAUGUUCAACGUCCUCGGACCAUUAAUCAACCCCGCAUUCCCGCAUGGUCUCGUCCUCGGCGUGGCAGAACCAGCACUCGGUCAACCCUUCGCAGAGAGUCUACGCGAUAGCGGUGUAGAACGUGCCUUAGUCGUGUGCGGUGCAGAACAUCUAGACGAGAUUAGCUGUGCAGGGAAUACACACGCUUGGGAGCUGAAAGAUGGGAGGAUCACACAGACGACGUUACACCCUGCCUUGUUUGGUCUGCGUGUACACCCGUUGGGGACUGUUGCGAGUGGGACGCCAGAGGAGAAUGCAAAAACGUUUGUGACACUUCUGACGAGCGGUGAUAAAAUCCCGGCAGCGCUGGAAUCUGUGUUGGAGUAUGUACUUCUGAAUGCUUCAGCUCUCCUUGUGGUAGCAGGUGUUGCGAAAGAUUAUAAGGACGGAGUACGGCUCGCACGGGAGGCUGUCACAUCUGGCAAGGCGUGGGAGGCAUUGCAGACAUUUAAAGAAGAGGGUGAACGAGCGGCUGCUGAGAUGAAUGCUCAAGCUUCUCAAAAUUAGACUUGUGUAAUGUUACAUAUAUUUGUAGAAAUUUUUUGUUUACGACUUUUCAACAUAGUGCUGUCUUUCUC